ACCAAAUUCCAAAGAAGAAGAAGAAUUGUUGGUGGAAGUUAAGCACGAGGUACCGUAAAUCGCAGGAAAACGAACGUUAAAACUGGUUUAACCCAUCUAAUUAGUACCCUAGUCACGGAUUUUAACCGAUAAAAUCCGCACACCCGCAGCAAGAUGGCAAGUAAUCCUUCGAAGGAAGAACUGCGCGAAGAAAUCCGGGUCAUUCUGAAAGACGCCAAUCUUGAGGAAACGGCCGUGAAAAAGGUGCGGAUGCAGCUGGAGAAAAAUCUGAGCUGCGACCUGUCCGCGCGGAAGAAGGAAGUGGACGAUCUCGUCAUGGAGUACGUCAACUCGCAGGGCUCGUCGGGUGAGGAGGAAGAGGACGACGAGGACGAUAAGAAGGGAAGCGGUAAGAAGGGGAGCAAAUCCAACAAGAGCAGCGACUACGAGGAGGAAGACGAGGAGGACGAAGACGACGAAGACGACGACGAUGAUGAUUACUCCGAGGAUGAGAAACCGAAGGGCCGCAAGAGUGGCGGUAAGCGGGGAACGCCGGCAAAGCGUGGCCCAGCACCGAAAAAGAAGAAGAGACAAAACUCGGACAGUGAGGACAACUCGGGUUCGGAUGAUGAUGAGGAGGAGGAGGAGGAGGGCAGCGAUGAGGACUACAGACCCCAGAAGGGAGCAAAGGGUGCAAAGGGAGGCAAUAAGGGCAAGAAGCGCAAGGACGAUUCGGAGUCCGACUCGGACGAGGAUUGGAAGCAGGCGAAAAAACCGAAAGCAAAGGGAAAGGCGGCCGCCGGGGGUGCCAAGAAAGGUGGUGCUCGUGGUACGGGGUACACUCGCCCGUACACGUUGUCCGCCGAUUUGGCGGCGCUGUGUGGUGCCGAAUCAUUGCCGCGCCACGAGGUAGUGAAGAAGAUCUGGACCAUCAUCAAGGAGCGCAAUCUGUACGAUCCGAAGAACAAACAGUUUGCGAUCUGCGAUGCCGAGCUGCACAAGGUGAUUGGCGUGAAGCGGUUCCGCACGUUUGGCAUGCUCAAAUAUUUAAAGCCACACUUCAAGGACUAGGACGAUGCCCGGCACCGGCAAGGUAUCGGAGCAAGAAAUCAUGAUAACACUACUAUAAGUCAAAAGUAACUUCGGCAGCGCACGAAGCCGGAAGCUACGCAUAUAUUUCUUCUUAGAUUCCCGGGAUGAGUCCCAACUUCAAAACGACGAUGAGAGAUUCUCGAUAAGAUAUAUAGCAUUAUUUGUACUGGUAGUAAAUCGCUCGGAGGGUAAGCAAUCGUAUCAACAGCACAGGAUACAGGAUCAUUCUCAAGCACUGGGCGUUCACUUUUUACUCGUAAGAAUUCCCCGUUUCCUAAUAACACUCCAGCCGCGGCGAAUGGAACCGAUAGAUUGGUUCCUGAAAAGAAGAAUCAAGAACUACAGACCACCAUUGGUAGGGGGUGUUGAAGGUACCCCGCUAGCAAGAAGCAUGCAUGCAUGUAAUUUGGAUUUAAUUCGUGAAAUGCAACCAGUUGCCAUCGACCCAAUUCCGUAAGCUCUACAACGCAGAUAUCCCCAAAUGGAUGUUGAACGUAAAAUAUAAUAAGAAACAAUCUUUAAAAUGUUCGAAACACUGAAUGUAUACAGCGCCACUUACUACUGACAAGUACACACAAUUUUAAGCUAAAUAAACUGUAACUGGUGAACAUAUUUUGAGUCGAA